AAUCAUAACAACUUACUCUCCACAGAACAAUUCCCAGACCUCUAGAUCCGGGCUCGCAUUGAAAAAUCUCUCAAGUUUUUUUUCUCACAGUCGGCGAUCUUGAUCCAGACGGCACCGUUUUGGCUCUCUCUGGCUCAUCCACCUCUGCUCAAUUCGCCGGAAAAAGUUCAAUCGGUGCGGGUCUAGGGUUUCAGAUCUCGCACUCUUCCAGGUGGGGUUAUGUUAUUGUGGAGCUUCAAUUUGAGAAGCUAAGGUUGGGAACAAUGCAUGCCAAGGGGAUACAAUCGUCUUUUCGGGAUCGGACGCAGGAGUUCCACAGUGUAGCAGAGAGGCUAAAGAAGUCAUUCUCGUCGGCGCCGGGGCCGGGGCCGUCGCAGAAUGGCCCGACUAGUGGAUCGAAAUUCCAGGAACAACAAUCGGCGGUCGCGACUCACUCCGAGUUUAAUAAGAGGGCAUCCAAAAUUGGAUUGGGGAUACACUCCACGUCGCAGAAGCUUGGAAAGCUGACAAAAUUGGCGAAGAGGACUUCUGUUUUUGAUGAUCCUACAAGGGAAAUUCAGGAGCUGACAGCAGUUAUCAAGCAGGAUAUUACUGCACUCAACUCUGCAGUGGUAGACCUUCAGCUCCUAUCUCAUUCCAGAAAUGAAAGUGGGAAUAUUUCUAGUGACACGACUAGUCAUUCAACCACAGUUGUCGACGACCUGAAAAAUCGGCUUAUGAGCACCACAAAAGAGUUUAAAGAAGUCCUCACCAUGCGAACUGAGAAUUUGAAGGUUCAUGAGAAUAGAAGACAAUUGUUUUCAUCUAGUGCCUCCAAGGAAUCCACAAAUCCUUUUGUUCGGCAGCGCCCACUGGCUGCUAGGUCCGCUGCUAGUUCUUCAAGUGCCUCUCCUCCUCCAUGGGCUAAUGGAUCAGCAUCUUCCUCGCAGUUGUUCCCAAAGAAGGAGAUAGAUGGGGAGAGUCAACCAUUGCUCCAGCAACAGCAUCAGCAGCAACAGCAACAACAGGAGAUGGUUCCGUAUCAAGACAGUUUCAUGCAGAGUAGAGCUGAAGCUUUGCAAAAUGUUGAGUCCACCAUUCAUGAGCUGAGUAAUAUUUUCAACCAGCUGGCGACAUUGGUUUCUGAGCAAGGGGAAGUUGCCAUCAGGAUUGAUGAGAACAUGGAAGACACAUUGGCAAAUGUAGAGGGUGCACAAGGGCAACUGCUCAAGUAUAUGAAUAGCAUAUCAUCAAAUAGGUGGCUGAUGAUCAAGAUAUUCUUUAUAUUAAUUUUUUUCCUCAUGGUUUUCCUAUUUUUUGUGGCAUAAUAGUCAUUGCAGAGACAAUUGAAAAGGAAGAAAAAUGACAGCUGUCUUUUUGAGUAUUUUUACUGUUGAUAAGCCCCUUCUAUUCGUUUCAUGAGCAAGAUGAUUACCUAGUAAUGUAAUAUAUGUAUACUGAUACACAAAAUGGUAAAAUUUGUUGUGAACUA